AUGCGCACGGGCUCGCCGCCACCCCACCCGCUCCAUCAUGGCUGCUGCAGCUGCCCCUCAGCCAGAGCAGGCUGACCACACCGACCCAGAGGUGCUGGCCUGCGCCGCCUUCGCCCUGGAGCACCUGUCCCGACAGAACCCUCUCCACCCACGCUACUCCAUCACCCGCUUCCUCUCCGUCCAGAGAGCCAAUAUCGGUGGGGGCCAGUAUGACAUGGAGGUGGAGGUGAUGAGUCAGCCCCAGACAGAAGAACAGGCCGACGGGGACUCCACCCGAACCCCACCCUCUGAGCAACAGGUGUUGCGGUGCCACUUCGUGGUUCUGAGUGUUCCCUGGAAGGAUCAGCGGGUCCUACUCCACAGCUCCUGUUCCCCUGUGAGCAGCACCGCUCAGGAGUUCUGAUUUGCUUUGUGUGAACUGAAUCCAGCUUUCCUCAGAUCUGAAACAGGAGGGCCACGCCAAUGUAACUGAUCAUGGUUUCAU